AUGGGCCGGGUGCUGCUGCGCCUGCUCCUCCCAGCCCGGCCCCACCUGGACUGGUUAAACGGGUUUCAAGUCCAGGUUUCGCAGCUCCCAGCGCAGCCUCCAUGGCUCCCCGGCUCUCUGCAAGGUGAAGCUGGAAGGGACGGGAACCCCACUCGACACCCCGAAACGCAGGAGAGGUCGUUGCUGGCGCUGAGCUGCUGUUCCCAUGGCUGCCGCUGACCCCGUCCUGCCCAUGGAGGAGGUGGCUUUGCUGGAGCUGAGGAACCCAGCCCUGGCCACCCCCCCGGCCAAGGUGCCCCCAGCCCCGCAGGAACACCCGGGGGACCCCGAUGCCACCCUGCCAUGGGACCGCUGCCCGCACAACCGGGGACAACCGGAGCCCGCGGACAACAAGAGACGCUCGAGUCCCGAGGGGGGACGUGAAGCCCCCGAGGAGGCCAUUCCCGCCGGUCCCCCCGACGAGGCCGACGAUGAGGACGUCCCCGCGAUGGCCGCGCACGUCUUCGUGCCCAUCGACCCGCAGUGCAUCGAGCAGACCCCGGGCAAGCAGAAGAAGGAACCGUCGCCGUGGUCCCGGGAGGGCAACGGGGGCUGCGUCCCGCACGGCGACGGGCCCGGCGGCCAGAACCAGAAGCCGGCGUUCCUGCCCAUCGGCGCCCUGCGCUACGGGGACCCGCUGGGCUUCGAGGGGCACGCGGCCAAAGCGCCGGGCGAGGGCUCGCGGUGCCCGUGCACCAGGAACUGCGGCAAUGGCAACCUGAAGGCCGUGGCGGCGGUGGUGGGGGCCCUGCUGCUCUGCCCCUGCUUCCUCUACGGGGCCUACGUGUUCCUGCCCUUCGACGCGCCGCUGCUGCCCUCGACCAGCGCCCGCCUGCUCUACACGCUGCGCUGCGGCGCCUUCGCCACCUUCCCCAUCGUGCUGGGGAUGAUUGUCAGCGGCAUCUCCCGCCUCUGCCUCUCGGCGCUGGAGCCGUUUGGGGAGCUGCAGCAGGAGGUGGAGAUCCACCGCACCUACGUCUCCCAAUCCGUCCACCUCUUCAUCCUCUACUUCUUUAACAUGGCUGUCCUGGCCACCUACCUCCCACAGGAGGCCCUCAAGCUCAUCCCUUUGCUCACGGGGCUUUUCGCCAUCUCCCGGUUGAUUUACUGGCUCUCCUACGCCAUCGGACGCUCCUUCCGCGCCUUCGGCUUCAGCAUGACCUUCCUGCCCCUCGUGGCCAUGCUGCUCUGGAACCUCUACAGCAUGUUCGUCCUGGAGCCCGAAAACCUCCUCGCUUUAGCAACAUCAAAGCCCGAGGACCGUUCCAAGGACAGCACGGCCAAACUGCGCUUUUGGGGGUGAGGGAGAGCUCAGAGGUGCCUGGACCCUGCGGGUUGAACUCGUCUACCUUGCCCUGCAAGCCCUGAAGGGGCAGGGGUGCAGCUGCUCACAGCCAAAACGGUCUUGCUGGGUGCUUGGGGUUGGUGGAGCUCGGUUGUAAGAACCUCUGCACGGGGAGGUUCCUGCGGGAGGAUGAACAGGGCCCAGCGCAACACCAGUGAUCCCAGUUCCACGACGGGGUGGGAUUUGUCCCGUCUCCCGCUGGAGUGGUUUUGCGCAAUAAAACCCUUCCCCGA